AUGGCAGACGAUAGGAGUUUGGUCGUCAAGGUUAUUCCUGCGAUCUUUUGUUCCAUUGCUUUCCUGACGGUCCUACUACGUUGCUAUGUUCGCCUUUUCGUUGUCAAGGCGUUUGGGGUGGAUGAUGGGGCUAUGGUGUUCUCAAUGCUGUGCUACAUCAUGUUCUGUGGAUGCAUGAUUGGAGGGGCGGUAUAUGGUACUGGGAGGAGGUUCGCCGAUUUGACAGCGUAUCAACGAAUGACUGCGAUGGAGUACUGGUGGCUCUGCGAAAUAGCCUACUGCUUCUCAUCCGUCUUCUGCAAGAUAUCCGUCUGCUUCUUUUUGAUGCGCAUUACCAUUCUCAGAUCUCACAUCUAUCUUCUAUACUCCGUCAUGUUAUUGACAGUGAUCGGAGGACUCAUUCUCAUGUUGAUGAUGCUCCUACAAUGCAGGCCCAUCUCCUACUUCUGGACUCGCACUGCCUUGGAUCCGAGCUAUCAGGGCCAUUGCAUCAGUAUCGACACUAUUAUCAGCAUGACCUAUGUCUAUAGCGCGUUAGCGGCGUUUUGUGAUUUCACCGUUGGCAUCCUACCCUUUUUCUUGGUGAGAAAGUUGAAUAUGCGCAAGGAGACGAGGCUUGCUGUUAUGGGCAUUUUGAGCAUGGCUUGCGUUGCCAGUUUAGCUGUUAUCGUUCGUAUGCCGUUCGUCAAAACGUUUAAGAAUCCGGACUUCCUUUAUGCCACCGUCGACCUCGCAGUCUGGUCAUGCAUCGAAAACGGCCUGGGCAUCUCCGCCGCAAGUCUUGCCACUCUCCGCCCUCUCCUUCGCAAAAUUCGCGGCUCCUCCAACAGCGGACCAGAAACAUUAUCCUCUCGAAUGUUUUCAGGUCCUUCCGGCUCCAGACCUCAUCGAAUUUGGAACAGCUCUGGUAGCCGAGGUGUGGCCUUGAAUUCGAUUGAUCGUCAAGCGAAGCAGGGUGACUUGCGACCCGAUAAAGUUGCAGGUGUUAUAACGACGAUUCAUAGCGGAUCGGAUGAGAGAAGCAACAGUGAGGAGCAUUUAAACAAGGGUCGACUGUCUGGUGAAAGGGAAUACCGGGUGCUGGAAGUUCAUCAGACGUCAACGUUUGAGAUUAUGACGGCGUCUAACUCUACACCGCAUAACGAGAGAGUACCACGCGAGCAUGUUUGA